UUACCAACCAAGAAAGGGAAGUAUUACUGUGGUGGGCUGGCACUGACCUAUCAAACAUAAUGAACUACCUCAUAGGAUAUUUCUUGUCCCUCUUCUGGUUGUUUUUGGACCUAGUUUCAGGAGAAUCAACCAGAGCCGAUAUUCUCGCCGACUUGUUGACAAAUUACAGCAGCAAAAUUGCUCCGAAUUUCAAUCAAGAUAACCCAACAAAUGUAACCGUUGAACUUCACAUUAAUAGCUUUGACUCCGUCAGCGAAAUGGAUAUGGACUUCUCACUGAAUAUGCUGAUUACUCAAAAUUGGAGGGACGAUAGACUCACUUUCAAGGAUCCUUUGCAUAAAAUCCCCUUCCUUGAGCUCGAUCCUAAAAACAUGGGAGCGGUCUGGGUCCCUGAUUUGUACUUUGUCAACGAGAAAAGUGCCGCAUUCCAUGAAGUUACCGUUCCCAAUAAACUCAUGCAUAUUUAUGAGAACGGCACCAUUAUCUACAGCGCCAGGGUUACCAUGACAGCCACCUGUUCCAUGCAGUUGCAGAAGUUCCCAAUGGAUACCCAGAUUUGCUCGCUUUACAUAAAGAGUUUUACUUACACCACGGAGAACGUUCUACUGGACUGGAAAGGCAAAAAUGCUGUUACCCUUGACCCAGACUUUGAACUUCCUCAAUUUGAACUAGAAAAAGACGUCAGACUUUUCGAUUGCACUAACAGAACGCCGGAUGACUACACUUGUUUAGAGGCGAAAUUCGUUCUGAAGCGCCACCUAGGAUAUUACGUUAUACAGAUUUACGUCCCUUGUGUGAUGAUUGUCAUGUUGUCAUGGGUGUCAUUCUGGCUCUACGUGGAUUCAGUACCGGCGAGGAUUUCAUUGGGUAUUCUGACUGUCCUCACCAUGACAACGCAGAAUGACUCCGCCCAAGGAAAUUUACCAAAGGUCUCUUACAUCAAGGCAAUAGAUGUAUGGAACUUUUUGUGCCUUGUUUUUGUGUUCUCAGCUUUACUGGAGUAUUCAAUAGUGAACUAUUUAUCGAGAAAAAGAUUAAAAUUAGCUCAACGCAGUGCAAACCCGAGACAGACAGCCGAAGACGAUGACGAUGACUAUGGUCUGUCGACAUGUGGGUGCAAUUUCACCAAGAAGUACGUUUGUGGAUCUUCUCGGACGAAACCAAUCACCUAUGUCUAUGUCCCGGAUGAGGAGGCUCGUAAAAGAGCUGUCUCCAUUGACAAGAUUUGCCGAUGGGUCUUUCCAACCGUGUUUUUUGUCUUGUUUUCCGUAUACUGGCUGUUUUAUUUGCUCUGGGCAGGGCCUGAGAGCCGGGCUCCGCCAUACUGAAUUACUAAAACCCGAAGAAAACUCAAGCCAAAUCUCUUCUGUGUGUAAAAGGGUGACGUCUAAGGUGACUGUGGACGUGUUGUGCGUGGUGGUAUCGUGACGGUCGAUUUGAAUGGAAAACUUUUGUGUAUGGUGGUAACACGACUGUCGACUAGGAACCUUUUGUAUAUGGUGGUUACGCGACGAUCGAUUUGAAACCUUUUGUGUGUGUGGUAACACCACAGUCGAUUUGGAAUCUUUGGUGUGUGAUGGUAACGCGGCUGUCGUCUUUAUUAGGAACCGUUUUUAUGUGGGGUGACGUUAGACCUAAGGUGAAUGUCUGCCAGAUAAGCAAGCGAUUGCACUUUACAGUAUUUGACAGCCUUGUUCAACACGUGUGUGCGUCUGUGGGAAGUGAUGCAUACAGGAGUUUAGUACCUUGUUGUUCGACUUGAAAUUGAUGAAAAAGCAUUCGUCCGGUGACAAAAACAUUAAAUUUUAGAUACCGAAGGUUUAAUAUUUGCAAUAAUAUCCGGAUAUUUGUGUUUUUGAAUAUGGGUGUUUCCAAGGAAUGCACGUAAUGACACGUCACAGUUUCCAAGGAAUGCACGUAAUGACACGUCACAGUGCUACGUGGUGUAAAUAAAAAGCGCGUGUUCUGUGGAAGCGCGCUUCUCCGUUCGGCGAAGUUUACACCUGUGUUGAAGAGGAACACUGUUUGUGAGGGUACGUCUGCAUAUGCGUUGAACUAGUGGGUAGAGGUGGACAAUUACAAAUUGUGACACAUUAAACUCGGUCUUUUCCUGGUGAAUGUUCAUCUUGUCUUUCACGGAAAUAUUUAAUUUUCAUGAAUUUUCAAGACUACAUAGUGUUUGUAGUCUGCAGGGCGUGUUUGAUUCCUGUAUGGAGGUGACAUUAUAUAUCUACACGUACCAUGACGUCGGUUCGUAACGCGGUGUCGCUUCCCAUUAUGGAGUCUGGUUUCUACAGGGAAUACAUUUAUGCACAUAAACAUUCUUUUAUUUAGUGAAACAUUUCUUAAAAAUUAUAAAAAAAGAAUGGUGUUGAAAUACUUUACCUAAAUUUACAUAUACAUGUAUGUAUGCAAAAUUUCCACAUGAUAUGAGAAUUUUACACGGUAUUAGUACGUGAAAUUUGGUUUAUGUCAGUUUGAAGAAUGCAAGCAAUUUUCACAUCAAAUUUUUCAUUCUUUAGCCUACUGUUUAAAUCCAAAUCCAAAUUAUCGUACUUUCACCGAUUCAUGAAAAAUUCAUGAAUCCAGAGUAAAGGGAGACAACUUUCAUCAUUUGACUUUUCCGCGGAGGGUAUUGCUAAUACCGUUUGUCUUACAACUGCAAUCUGUUCUGUGAUAUUUUCAAAAGUCGAAUUAUUAUAUACAUUAUGCUAAUGCUUUUUGCACUUUUCCCAGUGUAUGUAAAUCGUUCUUUCAUAUACAGGUAUUGCACAUUUCUACUUUGGAAGGCUUUGUUAUCUGCGGAAAGCUUACUAUUAGUGAAGAAAUCCGCUUGUCUUUGACCACAGUUUUGAAGAGCAUCUUGCAAGUGGAUAUAGAAAUGGAAUGCGAAACGUGCCGUGAAAUCAAAGUAAUAAAAUCAUACUGGUCAAAACAGCGUAUUUUUUCCUUUAGUAUGAAACCGUGUUCGUUAUGUAUAUUUUUGUGAGAUGUUAUUUGUAAGAAACUCUGUUAGAUGAGAACUUGGGGAUUUCAACUUAACUUGCGUUCUCUGUUAAGCUGCAGCAGAUGUAAAGUCAAUAGAGUAUUACAUCACUCAUUUUGCACAGCACAAGGUCGAUGGUAGCGAAAUUUAUUAUACACCUAAGUGUCCAGCGCCUACUAUAUUAUGUAGUAAACACAACUGUCCAAUAUUUUUUAAUAUAUUGGACAAAUGUAACUGUGACGUCACACGUACGGACUACCUUUAGUUGUCAACAAGCAGGACACAACAAGCAUGGCUGCCGAUCAGUCAGAUUCUGACCCUUUUGAUCUCACCGACGCUGGAAUUUGCUUGCUACUUGAUGACCCAGAACUGGACAACAUUUUAGAAGCAACAUCAAGUACCAGUUAAGAUGAAGUAGUAAAUGAUGUGAGUGCCUUUAUUGAUUCGCAAAAAAAGAAAAACUCAGUCGUGAACACAAAUCGCGAUGUUAAAAAUGCGCAGAGAUGGUUGUGGCAAAACAAGCACGAGCAGAGACUGAUGGUUUAUUCCUCCAAAUCAUUUGAACGAAUAUCUGGCCCUUUCCUGGGCGCCCAGAACUCGUCCAUACUGGACCAUACAAUCCAAUAACCUAUAAGUAUUGUGUGACAGUCUGGCGGAAUACCUGGUAGUUUCUAUUAAGACUUGUGGCGAUCUGAUAUCCCAUCCGAUUUGCUGUGACAUCCGAAAUUCGGGUGCCAUACCUGCUAUUAAUUUAUGAUAUGUGCCAUUCUCAUGACACCUCUGAAAAUUUAUUAAGGCACUUGGCAUCCCGAUACCACACCUCAUACUCUGUCACAUGGUAAUAUACAGGGUGUUCCAGAGGUCGUGCGCCAUGCUAAUUUUCUUUUUUUUUUUGUGUUUCAGAUUUAAUACUGAUUUGAACUUUUUUUCUCUCUUUCAGAGUUAAU